UUUGAUUGUCUGCAUAGGAUUUGUUAAUGUAUUUUUGUAGGGUUGUGUUGGAAACCGUGGCCCAUUCGCCUUAAUAAAUUCCUCACGAUCGGCAAACUCAAAUGCUAUUUAAAUAAACUCACAGUCCGAGUGGUUCAGUCAAGAAUACAAUUUCGUGGUGUAAACAGCAAGUGCUUUUAUUGCGAUAAAAUUUACGGUCUUUUUUAUUUCUGUGUAUAUCUACAGAUAUUGUGAAAAAAAAGGUUCCAUCGAGACAAGUGUCUUAAAAAUUAUUAAUUUGGUGUAAUAUACCCAUAAGGAAGAGUACAAAUUUAUUCUACAAAUUUCAUUGAGUGAGAGAGUUCUACCAAGAAAAAAAAAUUAGAAAAGAAAUGGCUGAGAGCAACAAAUGCAACAUCCCAAUCAAAUUGGGCGAUUUUAGUGUCAUCGAUACCGAAUUUGCUUCAAUCCGUGAGCGUUUUGAUGCCGAAAUGCGCAAAAUGGAAGAUGAAAUGGCCAAAUUCAGAUCUGAAUUAAUGAACCGCGAAGCCAAUUUCUUCGAGACUACAUCAAGUUCCACAACAACCCAAAGCAACGCGGGAAAUACCGCACUGUCUCAGAGGCCGAAGCAGAAUUACGUGAGCGACAUAAAUUCCCCACUUAUUCAGGAGGAUGGUGACAAUAAGGUGCUUAAAUUAAGAUUCGACGUGAGCCAGUACACACCUGAGGAAAUUGUCGUAAAGACAGUUGAUAACAAAUUGCUGGUGCAUGCAAAACACGAAGAGAAAUCUGACACAAAGAGCGUCUACCGCGAGUAUAACCGUGAAUUCUUGCUGCCCAAGGGAGUCGCCCCAGAAUCCAUUAGGUCAUCCCUCAGCAAAGACGGUGUCUUGACAGUGGAUGCCCCUCUGCCACCAUCCCUCACAGCAGCUGAGACCCUCAUCCCAAUUGCACACCACUAAAUCCUCAACUUCGUUCUUUUGCUGGAAGAUACUCAUGCCUGCUCUUCUCAUUUUCUGGAGCCAUAUUUAAUGAAACAAAAACCAUCAAUUUACUCUCUGUCAGUCUACAAAAUAUUAAUGUAAAAUCUUUUGACGAUAAAAGAGAAUAUUUUUUAAAUUUAGCUUCACAAA